AUGAUAAUGUUGGAAUACAUGAAAAAUAUUUUGCCGUGUGGAUUGGCAAAUUCUUUCUUUGGCUCCAAUCUCUUCAUAUCUAUCUAUCUAGCUAGUUAUUUUAUUCAGAUUUGUUUGUCUUUGUUUCUACUUAAAAAUCUGUUCUUGUUUUUGUUAUCAAUCAUUCACUUUUUUCUGUCUAUAUUAAUCCAUCGCUAUUCCUAUCUAUCUAUCUAUCUAUCUAUCUAUCUAUCUAUCUAUCUAUCUAUCUAUCUAUCUUCAGACUGGUUCUGUUUGUGUUUGUUUCAUCUUAACAAUCUCUUCAUUUCUCUCUCUCUCUCUCUCUCUCCCCUCUCCAGUUUGUUCACAUCUAUCUAUCUAUCUAUCUAUCUAUCUAUCUAUCUAUCUAUCUAUCUAUCUAUCAUAGUUUGUUCAUCUAUCUAUCUAUCUAUCUAUCUAUCUAUCUAUCUAUCUAUCUAUGUUCAACUAUGUAUCCAUCACAGUUUGUUUAUCUAUCUAUCUAUCUAUCUAUCUAUCUAUCUAUCUAUCUAUCUAUCUAUCUGUGUUCAACUAAGUAUCCAUCACAGUUUGUUUAUCUAUCUAUCUAUCUAUCUAUCUAUCUAUCUAUCUAUCUAUCUAUCUAUCUUGUAG